AAAAGGAUUUGGAAGAGGCAGUUAAAGAGGCCCUACGUGAACCCAUUCGAACUGAAGUUCAAUAGACUGAAACAUGACGUGCUCGGCAAGAAGAAGGGUACCGUGGACGUUGGACACCCUGGGCUAUCACGUAAACGUGCUUAUGAACAACGAAAAAAGACAUUGGGAGUCGAAUAUGAUCGCAUUGGGAAAGUAAAUAAGAUUGUCGAUCGGCGCAUCGGCGAAAAGAAUAAGAACAUCACAAGUGAAGAAAAAGCUUCUUUGAGGUUUGCGGCAGAACGCGCAAAACAUUUGAAGAAAGGCAGCAAAUUCAAUUUGACUGAUGUCAACGAAGAAGAAGACGAGGAGUUGCUAACUCAUGGUGGCAGAGCUCUUACCGAUAUUCAGAAAUACGAUAAAACCAUUGUUUCCGAUGACGAUGACGACGGUAAUAUUGGCGCUGAUGUGGUGAAAGUUGCUCAUUUUGGUGGAGGUGAAUUGGAUAAUUCAACAAAACCUGACGUAAAGCUCAGCCGCAAAGAUGUGAUUGCCGAUUUGAUCGCAAAAACUAGGCAAGUUCGAGAAGAAAAACAUAUUGCAAAAGAUGAAUUGGAAACAAUCACUGAAGAUUUGGAUGCCAAAUACCAUAGGCUCUUGGGUAAAGUAAAAACCGUGUUUCGUCCAGUUGGAGCAACUAAAGCUGAAAAGAGCGAAAAAGACGACUAUGACAAACUGGCAAUCAGUCUCAAAAUAGAUGCUGACUCAAGGGCUACACCAGCAGAACGCACAAAAACCGUUGACGAGUUAGCAGCAGAGGAGCGAUGUUAUUUGGAAGAGAUGGAAUCUCUCAGAAAAGCAAGGAUGAAUGAAGAGGUACUUUGCUCCAUCCUGCACUCAUUUCCUCUCACCCAUUGCGAUCUCGACGUGCCUUUUCUUUUUGAAAUGCCAAAGAAGUACGAUGCUUUUGUGGAACUCUUGAGCAAAUAUCCCGCGGAAAAGAUUGAUAUUGUUUUGCAGCGUCUUAUAAAAUGCUAUCAUCCUAGUCUAGCAGAGGGCAACAAGAAGCUUCUGUCAAAGUUAUUCCUCUACCUUUUGCGGUACUAUGACGACUUGUCAAACAGUCCUUUAUCCGAUGAUUCAGUGAAGGUGCUUGGAUUUUUGACUAAGUUCGAUGUGGAGUUCGGUGUCAGAUGUGUUCGUGCCUUAAUACGGCAAAAGUGGAAAAAGCGUAUGAACAAGCCAAAGUCGCCUACAGAGUUUUCCCUGAUCUCUUUGCUGAGGUUGAUUGCGUCCUUAUUUCCUGUCAGUGACAGGUGGCACCCAGUUUGUACUCCAGCCAUGGCACUAGCAGCCGUGUCCCUUGCAAAGUGUCAGAUAAGGGAUUUAACGAUUCUAACUCGCCAGAUUCUGCUUGCUACGGUACUCAGUGACUAUGUGGAGGAAAGUAAGCGGUAUAUACCUGAGGCGAUAGCGUUUUGCCAAGGAGCUCUCCUCGUUGCGGUAGAAAAUGAAGAGAGUGAGCAUAUUCCAUCUGUUGCGUUCCCUAUUUCAAUGCCCCAUAGGAGGAUGCUUCUUAUUAGUAAGGUAAGCUGGUUUUCGAUCCUAUGUGUGGACGAUUCCGAUUUAAACAAGUGUGCUGUAUUGCGAGCACUUACAGCUCUUAUACAGAAGUACCGUAUUUUAUAUUUUUGGUCCUCUACUUGUUUGACCAAAUUACGUUCUCGCGCUCAUUUUAGACCCUUUGUCGACCUUCUGAAACGGCUUCCAACAGGUCGUAUGCCUUCACUUCUGGCUGAAGAAGUAGAAGCACUCACUCGUUCGAUGGAAGCGGAAUGUAUGUUACGAUCGCGGCUUACUCAAAUGAGUCGUACGGUCACUGAAAAGAGCAUGUUGAAAAUGUUGGAGCCCCGAUUUGAAGAUAACUUUGAUCCUGAAAGACCGCGCAUGGGGGCACGUGCAGAGAAAGAGAAGCUGCGGCAUCUGGUGAAAAAUGAAACUCGUGGCGCCAUAAAGGAACUGCGCAAAGAUGCCGCAUUCUUGAAUAGGAAGCAAUUGAAAGAAACUGCUGCCAAGGACAAAGAUCGGAAAGAAAAGACGAAGCGGCUUAUGGGAGGGCUACAGUCACAACAAGGCGAAUGGAAUAAGGAAUUGUGGGAAAGUGGUAAAAAGCCAAAAAAGUGA